UGUAACGUAGUAGCCUACAUAGUAGAUUGGCGCCACUGUCUUUUACACACAUUACGGUUUAUGUUGCCAGGGAGUGACUCACAACCAUAGACACAAUGGAGCUGCAGUGACAAUGUAAAUAACCGGCUCCUGAUCUUGCAACUCACACAGAGAGUUAUUUAGUGUCUGUCAAACUCUUACUAUGCUAUGUUGAAAUGCUGUUGUCUUAGCAACAGUAUACUGCUAGCAGCUAGCUAACUGUUGUUUUUGCGCUAACGAAUCAGCUUUGUGAGAUACCCAAUAGCCCCGUUAGUUAGUUAGCUCGCUAGCUAGCUAGCUGAGACCUUCUACUGGCAUUGACUGUGUUUCCUCUACUAACAUACACAUAACUGUCCAGCGAAUCUGUCUGAGAGGCAUUAUGGAGUUUCCUUUUGAUAUUAAUCAGUUAUUCUCCGAGAGGGUCUCUAUCUUGGACCAGACCAUUGUUGCAGGUCGUAAAGCAGCAGGAAGGCCACAUCUUCAAGCCCACAUAGACACAGUUAUUGAUGAACUUGGGAAAGCCUCAGCAAAGGCCCAACAGCUCCCAGCAUCUAUAACAAGUGCUUCUAAGCUGCAGUCCCAGAAGCAUCAGCUCUACCUGCUGAAGAACAGAGAGAUGAAUGGAGGACGUGGUGUGGUCGUGGGAUUUCUCAAGGUCGGCUACAAGAAGUUAUUUCUACUUGACCGACAGGGUGAGCACGUAGAGGCAGAGCCACUGUGUGUUUUGGAUUUCUACAUAGCAGAGAACUUGCAGCGAUAUGGCUACGGGCUGGAGCUGUUUGAUUUCAUGUUGCAGCACAAGAAGUUAGAGCCGCUUCUGAUGGCCUACGACAGGCCUUCGCCCAAAUUCCUGUCUUUCCUGGCGAAGCAUUACUGCCUGACACCAAGUGUUCCUCAGGCCAAUAACUUUGUGGUGUUUGAAGGCUUCUUCCUCAACAGAUCAGGCUCGCCCUCCUCUCCUCUGACGGAUCAGGGGAUGUACGGCUUUUUCGGGCCAGUUGAGAAAGGUUCCCCUAAGAAAGCCGGACGGCGAGAUCAAACCCUACUCUUUAAUGGAGAGAGAAGUGGUCCAUCAGGAGCAGCGGGCUCGUCCCUGGCCCUUUGCUCCUCCUCACUCCCCCCAGCGGUCGGUAUCCUCCCAGCUCUCUCACUCCCUCAGCGUGGGAUCCUCCCCCAGCAGGUUGCCCCCACGAGCCGCCGCAGCUCUUGCCCCUGGGGGCAACAGGGACCAGAGCCCACAGUCCCCUCUCAUCGAGCGCUGCAGGGAAAGACGCACCAGCCAACAGGGUCGAGCUGGCAGAUGCAGCCUGUACAGUUGGCACAUGGACAGCAGAGCUCCUGGACUGCUGGACAGACCUUUGCCAGGUCUGAGACCAGUGGGGGAUCAGUCAUACGAGCUGGGAUACAGACACACAGGUUGGCCAGUAUUCACACACCACAAAGCAGGUCCAGACCUCUCUCACUUCCACCUCUGUUUGCAUCCAAGAAGGAUGGCAUCUGCACCCAGACCUCCUUAGCCAGCAGAGAGACACAGCUGGAUUCAGAUGCGGAAGCCUGUGGUGCUAAAGAGGAGAUCAGGGUGUUGGACAGUCCACAGCACAAGGCAGGACAAGACAGUCCAGCACAAGGCAUGUUGGUCAAACAGAGACACAUGUUGCAGAAGGAGAGCGACAGAAGCAGACGAGUCUGGUCGUGGACUGUAGGAGAGAGCUGCUACACCGCUCAGUGGGUGAAGCAGAAGCAGGAACACAGGAGCACCCAGCCCUGGUGAUCGGACGGGAACAAGUUCUUAUCAAAAUGUGAUUAUUGACAUUAUUAAAAUGUUGGAUAUGUGGAUAUAUGGAGAUGUUUCACUGCAGCAGACAUCAACAUCCAAGCCCAAUUGGAAACGUUGGUCUAAAGCUGUAUUAAAGCGGCAGUAUUGAAGUGGAAUAGAAUAAAUACUCUUGCGCUCCAGGGGCCAGAUGUAUAAAACUCUGUGCAGACUUACCACUAAAACUGUGUGUAUGCACAAAGACAGAAAUAUGCAUAAUGCAUAAUCAGAAGAGCAUUAACCGGGAAAUGAAGACUAAAAUGUCAAUACAAAUAAUUAUUCAUCACAUGAUUGUAAUUGUACAGAAUGCUGUGUAGACUGCAACAAUAAGAACAGUCAGUGAAUUUGCCAAACAGCCUAAACAAGGUUCAUUCUGAGGCUCACCAUAUGUUUCUUCUCCACUUAUCAUUUCACCUGCAGAUAUCGACACCUGUGCGUGCGCCUGAUGUGAAGUCACCUCAUGUUCUUAUAUAAAUACCAGUGUGUGUGGGGAAUGGAGUGUGCACGUUUUUGUGUGUACACAUCAUUUAUACACCUGGCCCCUGCUGUGUGCCCUGGCUCAUAUUAGAUAAGGCAACUAAUCAAAAUGACAAAUGACUCCCUGUGACACUUUCUAAAACAGGCAGUCACACAUUAAGCAGUGAUUGGUCAGUUGACAGUGUGUAGUAUUUAGGGGGACGUAUUUGCAGAAAUGGAAUAUAAUAUUCCUAACUAACAUUCUGUAUAUACAUAUGUGUAUAUAUAUACAUAUGUGUCCCUAAUGCAUUGAUUGCAUUUGUAGGAUAAAACACUGGAUCAAAGAAAUGAUGGACAGCAGAAUGAACGGUCCUUAUAAGACAGUUUAAAUGUACUGCAUUGUACCAGUGAUUGGUAGUAGACAGACACAGACUGCAGUGCAGCGUUAAUGUUUGCUGUGGCCCUCGACAUGUUCGGCACGUCCUGUCACUCAGUAUCCCAGCAACCUCUGCCUGAGCAGGGGUCGUCCACCCUCCGCACUGACUCCAGCUGCAGCCCUCAAUGCUAAACUCCAUCUCUGCAUGACUGAAGAAUCAACAGACACAGCUACAAAACUGCAUUUUAUUUAUUUUCUUUAAGACUCUCAAACCUUACGCUGUUCUGCUUCUCUCAAAUGUUCUUCCUCAUUACUGUGAGGGUGUUGACAUUUUUCACAGAACCAACAGUCAAGGAAAUGCUACUCAACAUACUCUGCUUAAAUUACUGAGGGUUUUCUAUUGUAUGUGUACACAGUUUGUCUUUGUUUGAACAGUGGAGAACAGAACUCAACUUCCCUGUAGUCAUUUUACCCAUCAGAGUCAUUAGCUCAGGUUUCCCAUCUUUGUCAAAUAAGUAACUCACAUAGUACUUUGACCUUUUCAGCAUAGUGCUCAUUCUUGCUGAACUUGUUUUUCCUUUUCGUCAGCAGUGGAAACUCAGACUGGGCUUAUUGGACCAUGGGAACAUUAGCUGCUAACAGGGAGGAUGUUUAAUGAUCAAAUGAGUGAGCUGCAGGGUUUCACAGGUCAUUUAAAGGGAGACAAACUGAACUGAACUGCCUGAUCUAUAUUUAUUUUUCAUUCUCAGGGCCAAAGAGUAGCCAAAUAAAAGAAUAGUUUAACAUU